UAUGCUAAUCGGGUGCAAUGGCGGAUGAUGCAGGAGAAAGCGCUCGGAAAAGAAAGGAGCCAGAAUUUUAUAAACCACGUCUGGUUCAACUGAGAAAAAGCGAACGAGGCUUUGGCUUCAAUGUUCGUGGUCAAAUUUCAGAAGGCGGGCAGCUGCGGCCAAUUAAUGGCGAACUAUAUGCCCCUUUGCAACAUAUCAGCGCAGUAUUGCCUGAUGGCCCUGCUGAUAUGGCAGGAUUAGUAACUGGCGAUCGGAUAUUACAAGUGUAAGUUCCUUUACUGUUUAAACUUCUUGGCUUUGCUGAGAAUGUUGUGUUUCAUUUCUAGUAUGCUACGUCGCUGAGAUUUUAUCGAUAUCAUCAAUCGUUUAGAUUGUUGAUAACAUAUUGCCAUGUACACGUUUGACGUUUAUAAAUAUAUACAUUUGUAUUUUGGUUAAAGUAUUCGAUUGCUGUAAACGUAGCCCUUUGGUCCAAUGUCAAACAGACCACACUUUAUAUGUAUGCUAUAAAAAGAAGAGCAGUUCGGAACUGAGGCAUUUCACGGUAAUAUUUUAGACUUUGUUCGUCCGGUAUUUUAGACUUCGUCCUGUAAAUAUUUGCACUUCUGUACAAACUAAAAUCUACAGUAAAUAAAAUACUGAUGUUUUACCGGAAAUUCGAAUAGAAUAUCUGCUAUCUGAAGAUAUUUUUUACUCAAAAAUACAACUAUUCUUCUUAAAAUAUAAAUUUUCACAUAAGCAUGAGCUGUAACAGCUGUUGUUUCGUAGCGUACAUUUAUUAAAACGCAGAGUCCCAUGAAGCUUUCACAAUGUUUACACUUUAAAAAGGUAAUUGAUUUCGUUAAAAUAUUUAACGUUUCAAUUUGUCACAAUGUAGAAUUUUUUGUAGCAAUCUUGCAGUUACAAAAAGUUUGGGGUUUUGUUAAUAUAUGAGUUGUGAAAUUCGAAAUUGACAUCGGCGCUGUUUAGUGUCAACGCCUGUUUUAAUUUAAAUGAAGUUACAUGUAUACCAUGAAAUCCAUUAAUCUCCACUUAAUUAUAUAUUAAAUCUACAGUUUUGUGUCAUUCAGCUAUAUACCUGUUUGUCCAUAGUUUUGCAGGGACAAAAUCAGUUUUGCUAGUUAAUAGAAAGCUAGAUGAAAAAAGUUUUAAUCAAGCCAUGUGUUGAGGGGAUGUAUUUUCAAGUACUAUCAAUCAUGCUGCAUAUUUUAAUUAGAAAUUUGGCUUCAUUAGUAGCAAAAAGUAUAAUGAUAUGUAAAUUACAUUUGAAUUUAUUCUCUUCUUGUGGACAUCUGUCUAAAACAACACCCAUCCAAUCAUGGCUACACACAGGAUUUUUUCAUGAUGUGGCAGUGAAAUAAGUACCCAAAUGUCAAUGCAUAUUCAAAGCAGUUAGAUACCUGCUUAUAGUCAUACCAUACAGAAUCAUACAUUCUGAUUCACAAGACCAUAAGCACCGUUUGGCUUAAUAAUUUAUAAUAACACUUUAAAAUUAGUAAGUUAAAUCCAUGGGCCGAUUUUCAUUUUUUUAAAAGGAGAGAUGGAACAAUUUCUAGAAGGGUGCAAGCGGCAGCAAUGAGCGAGCUUCAGCAGGGGUUAGGCAUUAGGAUUAAAGACUUUCAAACAAAAUAGGAGAGGUGAAGCAAAAUUUUGGUGGGGUUGAACACUUCAUAAGUGGGUUUAGAGAGAUUCUAGUGGGGGUUAACCCCAUGGUUAAAUCUUCUUUGGGGGCAGUUACCCAUGAAAAAAAUUGGUCAGACAUUUAUAUAUUUUUCUUGGACAAUGGACAAAGUAAAAUUUUUCGUAUUAUUUUUUAAUUGGCAUGAUGUAUUUUGCCUGCAUGGUCAAGUUACCACACUGCAAUGCAUUUAUCACACUGCAAUGCAGUAAAUUAUGGUUCAGGUUAUACAUAACUUUAAUUCUACCAUGUUAUACGAAGGUGAUGUUGAUUUAUAAUUAAAUCGUACGGCUUAAUGCAGCAAGAAGUGCUGUCUAUAUUGUUUUCUUGUUGGUUUCAUUAAUAAAAAAUGUGUUAAUAAAUAAAUAAUUUUUUGAGAUUGGGGGUUUGACCAGCCUAAAUCAGUUGGUCACUUGCCUGUAAUAAAAAUCGGACAAAAGGUAAAUUUUGACCAGACAAUGUCCAAUGACUGGCACUAAUUUGCAGGCCUGCUCUUGAGGAGGCUCACCAUGGGUGCAACCCAGGUUGCUUGUUAUUGUAGAUAUGGUCACGUUGUCCUGGCUCGUAAAUUCCACACUUGUCACUCAUUUUGUAGCUGCUUUGUUGCUUGUUUUAUUGUAAUAAAUGUCGCUGUCACUUUUGACCCAUAACACAAAUCGGAAUUUGUCGCUUUUUCCCAGUCAGCUGUCGUUUGUCACUCUUUUUUAGAUAGUUUGUCACUCUUUUUUAGAUAGACUGUUGCCUCUUUUUAAGGAAUGUCGCCUGUCGGUUAUAACCCCUUGCUGGGCAUCGUUGAGGGGUAAAUUUUUUUGGCAUUAGAGACAUUUCUUAUAAUAUUUUACUCUAAAUAGAGUAAAAUAUUAUAAGAAAUUUGGGCAUUUUAGGAUAUAUACUUUUCUGUUUAAUUAAAUCAUGCAGUAAUAUAUAAGUUUCUUCAAUGAAUCAAAUUUCAAUAUUGCUUAUUUUGUGUCAAUCUAAAAUUCAUUAAUUAGCAAUGAUGAGAAUGUCGAGGGUGCGACUCACAAGCAUGUUGUAGAGUUGAUCAGAUGUGGGGGAAACAAACUGUCAUUGGUCGUGUUAUCCCUGCCGCCGAGCGAGGUCAGGAAAUUGGAUCCCCCAGAAGGUGAUCAGUUGCCAGAAUAUUUCGAUUACUCCGAUAAGAAACAGUUAUUUGUCACGAUACCAGAAACACGUCAGAUUGAAAAUGGAAGAGAAAAAUACGCAGUAAGAAUUUAUUUCAUUGUUUACAUCAUCACAUGUCAUGUAUAUUUCAUUAAAUUAUGAUAAAAAAAUAUAUAGAGAAUAAUACAUGGGUGCGUGGAAAUACCAGAUUUAUUUCGAGUGUUGAACAUGAUACCUCACGAGUGAGCGCAGCGAACGAGUGAGAUAUCAUGUUCAACAGGAGAAAUAAAUCUGGUAUUUCCAAGCACUCAUGUAUUUUUCUGUUUAUUAUAUAAACAAAAUUCAGUGAAAAACAAUAAAACGUCUGUGGCAAUGCGUUUUACAACAAAUGAUAUUUUCACACGUAAAAAUAUCGUAUUUUUUACGUGUGUUUAAAUACGAUUUUUCUCAGUGGCCAAAAACUCUAUAUAACACUUAUGUUUAAAUAAUAAAUAAUAAUAUUAUAUAUAAUAAUAUUAUAUAUAUAUAAUAAUAAUAAUAUAUAAUAAUAAUAAUAUAUAAUAUAAUAUAUAAUAUAAUAUAUAAUAUUUCACAGAUGGAUCUAAGGCAUCUCCAAAUGGUCGACACCCCCACAGGAAAAAAUAUUUAAAUUUCCAUAAAUGGGUUUUGAAUGGUUUUUAAAGAUUUAUCAUGUAUAUUAUCAAUAUAAAAACUGUAUUUACAUUCAAAAACCCAUUAAUGGAAAUUUAACUUUUUUUCCUGGCCAUCCACCCAAAAUUGUCAACUUCCCUGUUACCCAAAAAUUGUCAACAUCACCCCCCCCCCCAAAAAAAAACACCCCCUUCCCCCAAGAAAGUUGACAGCCUCCACCUUGGAAAAAUCUGCAUCUAAAACGGUCAUUGGGCCACAAGAAUGACAUUUGGGACAUUUUACAGGUGUACGAAAUUCAACAUCAAUAUUAGGUUGUAUAAAAUACUAUUAAAUUGCAAUGGGAACACUUUAUGGAUUAAACAACAUAGUUAGACAUUUAUAUGGUGACAGAUUCUAGAUAAAUUCAGUAAAUUUUGCCUUAUUUUGUAGGUGUUUAAUAUAUAUAUAAAUGAGAGACACCAUUGCUCGAGGCGCUACAAAGAAUUUGCAAAUUUACACAAUGAGGUAAAUCAUGAGAGACAAUUUGCAACUGCAUCCACAAUUUUUGGUCUAACUUGUUACUUAAUUUGUUUGACUUUAUCUGCAGUUAAGAAAACAGUUUCAAGAUUAUGAAUUUCCUAAAUUUCCUGGCAAGUGGCCCUUUCAGUUGUCAGAACAACAGCUCGACAGCAGGCGGAAAGCCUUGGAGUUAUAUUUAGAGCAAGGUAAUGGCUGGCGGCAACACAAAUGAUGAAAUUAUAAAUAACUAAAGUGUGGUACCUAUUAAUCACUGAUUCCAGUCAUGGACGAAAUUUUGAUCUCGACGAUCACGAAAUCCAACACCACACCUGGAAAGAGCAUCUUAAAAUGAGUAAAAUUGCACAGUUUGGUUGCGAAAUGUUGUAAAAUGAGGAAAAUAUAGCUCUGUGAAGUUCGCAAAUUUUGUACAUAUUUGCAUUACGCGCGCGAAAAAUAACCAUUUUUGGGCGGAAAGUGGUUAUUUUUACCGCGCGUAACAAAUAUAUACAAAAUUUGCCAACUUCCCAGGGCUAUAUUUUCUUCAUUUUUCAAGAUUUCGCAACCAAACUUUGCAAUUUAUUCAUUUUAAGAUGCUUUUUCUAGCUGUGGUGUUGAAUUUCGUUCGUCUUGUCCAGAUAAAAAUAAGUUCGUCCAUAGCUGGGAAUCACCCAAUAAUUAAAUGUUGCAAUUAGAUGAUUUUAUUUCAUUCUUUGUUAUGUAGUUGCAUCUGUGAGGAUUAUUCAUGAUUCUGAACCAAUGAAAGAGUUCUUGAAGUCUUCAGAGGUGAUAGGAAUAGAUUGAAUGACAUUACCCUCAGACGUGCAGAGGGAUCGUUCGUCUUUAGGAUAAAUUGAACAAAAAUUUUCUUCGUCUUUAGGAUAAAUUGAACAUAAAUGUACGUGUAUUUUAGGAGGUGAAUAAUUUGGAGGUUGAACUGAGAAUAGUUCUCCCGGAUCAAACAGAGAGGCCUGUGAAAGUGGAGAAAAGUUACCAAACCCAGGACGUUUGCAAGGUUUGUUUACUUUUAUUCCUGUAUCGUCACCAGAUUGUCCUCCCAUCUCAAGCAACUUUACUGAUGAACGGAAUUAUUUAUCCUGGAUGAUAGAGUCAAACUGGAAGCCCUCUUUUCACAUGUGACUGACACGAAAUUAUAAUCCGACAAAGUCUAUUGCUAGAAGCGAUGACCCUCAGUCAUAGAGGUGAAAUGAACACGCAUUAUAUAAUUAUAACUACUGUACAGUGAAACACGCAAUUUGAUUGGUUCAUACCUGUGCAGGAUCAGACAAUACUGCACGGAAAAUUUUUAAUGCCUUUGCGCAAUUGCGCUGGUUUUCUAAGAUGUCGGACAAUAUAUUAAACGAGAGACAAGUUAGCAAAAACGUUAAUAAAGUUAUAAAGUUAUAUGACCGUUGUUUCACUGUAGUUAUUUUACAAAACAAUAGACCUUUUUCAAAUGUCUACCUUGUGACGUACUGUAGUUUGUGGAAAAGGAAAACCCCGCACAGCCAUUUGGCUUGCCUGAUUGGCCAAAUGAUCGUAUUCAGUUGUUUUUGCAAACGGUCACCGUGCGAAUUUUGCCAUUUGUCGUGCUUCUUUUGCCAAAUCAAAAGAACGAACGCGUGCUCCAGCCCGAUUUCCGGUUCUGAAAGGCCCGAUUCGCAGGCAAACAGUGCGCGCAAAGCAGGCUGUCCAUUUCCCAUUGUUUAACUCCAUGAGUCAAAAACCGUUCGCGUGCGGCUCAUGUUUUUUUACGCUUUCCGAAAGUCUCGCGACACCCCUCGUGCAUGGAUCACGCAAUCAUGCACGGAAAACCAUUCGGUAUUCCUUUAUUAAUGACCACUUUGCCACUAAUUGAUAGCUCAACAACGAUUUAAUAUAAUAUAAUGUAUAUUUUAUUUAGGCUUUUUUGGGAAAGAUUGGCUUAGAUGAGUCGUAUGCCAAAUACUUUGCGUUAUUUGAGAUCGUUGGAAAAGCAUUUGGUGAGUAAUUCUUAUGUUUUCUCUCCAGUAAAUGCGCAACCCAGAGAAAGUAUAGUAUAUAUGUCGACUUAUCUUACAUUCACACCAGACCAGAUGGAUUUGAAAGAGUAUACGCAAAUCGUAGAUAUACUACUAGAAUACUUCAAUGCGAGAAUCUUAAAAAGAUGACGAACAGUUGCAAAGCAUUGUAGUAUACACAAAAUGUGUUCGCACUGCUUGUUCCCAGUUGUUGACCAGUCUGGAACAAGUUGUUAUCAUCUUGUAACAAGGUUGACGAGGCCAACAGACUCGCAACAAAUUGUUCCAACAAGUCUGACAUCGUCUGCACGUAACAAACUGUUAACAAGUUGAUGACAACAAGCUCGUAGCAACUUGUUACGAACAGCCUUGUAUUAGUCUUGUUGGAACAACUUGUAGCAAGUCUAUUACCGUCAUCAACCUUGUAACAAGGUGACAACUUGUUCCAGACUUGUCACAACAACUGGGAACAAGCAGUGCGAACACAUCUUGCAUGAUACUGGCUUGACAACAACCUUGUUGCAACUUCAUCGCGGAUCUGUAACAACUUGCGUGUUCUUACGUAUCUUGUAGAGCCACAAGCGCAGAAGCCCAGAUACGUUUUGUCAUUUUUCACCAACGUUUUUUGUGUUUGUAGAACGAAAAUUGACAGACACUGAAUUUCCACACACUAUUUAUAUCAGAAAUUAUUCCAGCGAGCUACCAAGUUGUCUCGCAUUGCGGAAAUGGGUUUUUACCUUACCAAGGGUAAGAAAUUUACUGCCAAAGUUUUAUAUUUGGCAACGUUAUUCGAGAACCUGUGUUCGUAUCGGAGUUUAUAGAAGCAAUCGGCAGACGGAUUUUUAAUGAAAUCUAAAUCUUCUGUAGGAAAUUAAAAUGGACAGUGAUGAAAUCGCGUUCAAUUUACUUUACGAUCAGGUAAACUACGUUGUGGUAUUUUGAACAUCUCAAAUUGUGAGACUCUAGCCCGAGUGCAGGC